UUAUUAUUAUUAUUAUUAUUAUAUAGCGUAUGAAAUUAUAAUGGUCCGUGAUUCUAUGUGCGAUUAUCUUACACCCUAAACACAUUAAAUACUUUACAUGUUCCAAUUUUUUAAAAAAGAACCAUUUUUAAGGAACUUGGUGUUCUUUAACAACUUAUUAAAACAUUGUUAUAAAAGCGGAAUGUAUUGUUCUAUUGUUACUCACAAGACAAGAACGUGUCGUUCCCAUAGGGAAUUUGAUGGAAUUUAUGUGACGGUAUAUAUCGUUCCACUCUAUUUGUUCCGUUGAAUUCUUUUAUAUAUCAUAACGAUAAUAUAUGCGAAAUGAUUAUCUUGAGGAAUAGUUAUUUAAUUAUGAAUACUCUGCAGUCUAAUUUAUAUUGUGCCACUUGAAAUAAUUCCGUUUUCGCUGCUACCUUAACUCUGCUAUGGAGAGCGUCCUUCAUUAUAAAAAGGAAUUGUUUUAAUGAGAAGUUUCUCAACUAAUACUUUGUAUACGAAGUAAAGUAUAAGAGAACUUUAAAGAAAUCGGAAUGACAAAACGAGUCUUGCAAAAGCCUGCGUGGAAAGAGGCAUUGGGAGCCUCAAUGAGAUCGAAAAGGCUUAAGUUAAUGCCUGAUAAAGAUAACCGCUUUUGUUGUCCUGUGGCUGAUUGUGACAGCGAGUCGUAUGGAAGUAAAAGAGGGUGUAGAAAACAUGUCUAUAACCGUCAUGGAUGGUUUUAUUAUUUCGAUAAAAGACCGAAUAUCGACGAAGUACUUCCCCACUUCAGUACGAGAAAUCGCAUAAAAGAUCCCCAAAGAAAGCGCGCCUCCACAUUUUCAAUGCCGUCUUUUGCUAAAACAUGUAAUUUGGCAGUUGCAUUUAGGACAUGGUUAAAAAGUCCAGGUGGUGGUGGUAAAGAUCAUUCUCAGGCCGAUCAAAUAACUUGUAAAGUUUUAAAGUAUGCCAAAUAUUGCUGCGAGGAUUCUCCUUCGGUAUGGGAAGUACCAUUCCCUGUUAUCGACUACUGUGUUGGCUCUAUUAAUAUGCUUUCUGAUUUCGUAGAUUUUUUGAGAGACCAAUGGAAGGUUGGCUUCUCAGGAAUAAUUGGCUACAUGAAUGCUAUUGGGCACAUGCUUGAUUACAGACGAAGCACAGGUACGACUGAAAAAAAUUUGUCGGUAUUUGUUGCUGCAGAGAUUUAUUUGCACCGUGUUAAGAAAUUCCUCCUUCGUAAAAUGAAAGCUGAAUGGAAGUGUAUCUUAAGUGUUGAAUAUCUAAACAGUAUAGACUGUUGGGCGACACUAUAUGAUUUACAAAAGGUGAUACCAUACCAUAGUGAAAAAUAUAAACAAAUUGUGUUAAAUGCUAAAAACGCAAGUGCAUGUGUCGCAGCACACGAUUUAUCAUUUUCGACUUCCUUCAUAGUAGCUGUAUUAUUUUUAAUGGUGAAGGCUUCAAGACCCAUGACGUAUCAAACUCUUACAGUAACAAUGAUUAAAGGCGUGAAAGAGGAUGGUUUUAUAGAUCAGAAUGUCUUUAAAACUGCGGAGAAAUACGGAUUUGACUCUCUUUAUUUUUCCAUAGAUGUACUCACACUAAUAAACGAAUACAUUGACAAUGUACGACGAAGAUUGAACCCCACCAACGAUUAUCUACUAGUGUGUCGAAAUGGUAAGCAGUUGACGCGUAUUUCGGACGUAUUCGGUAGAAUUGUUUAUCAAGCAAUUGGUAAGUAUAUAAAUCCUACACGAUAUAGGCAAAUCAUCGAAACCGAAAGUGUUGCACACUUAGAAACAAAAGAACAAGCAAUUCUUUCUCAAGAUCAAAAACACACGUCGCAGGUAGCUAAAGUUCAUUACCAGAAGACUGAAUCGCGCAAUAUAGCUGCAAAAGCCAGGUUAUGUAUGGAUAAAUUACGAGAUCAAACAACGUGUACUUUAACUGUAAGCGAAAUCAAUAGUAACACCAAAAAUGUGAAAACGUCUGGAAGUACUUUGGAACACGAAACACCUGUUCAAACGAGACAGAAAAAAGUUAGUUUUAGUGCCAUGGAGGACAAGUUUUUACAAGCUGGGCUACAAAAAUAUGGCAAUGCAAAAUGGACUUCCAUUCUCGCAGAUCCUAACUACUCCUUUCAUUGUAGCCGUAAAGCUAGUACAUUGGCGGUUAGAGCGAAGACAAAACAAUUUAUAUAAGUUUAAAUUGUAUUUAUAAUAAAAAUAACUUUGUAAAUUUACAAAGAUUUUUGAAAACCAGAAUA